AUGUGUGCAUGCAGGUUAGCAGGGAAGUUUGAACUCCUGUACAAUGAAAGUCUGAACUUCCAGGAGUGGGGAUUAAGGGAUGAUUCUGGCCUGGUGGUUGUUCUGUACCCUCGUGGCACAAAUCUGAUCCCAAUAGCUGUUGGACAGCUUCAUGUCCUAUUCAACCCCAAGCGUGGAGACAUCAAACUGGCACAGGUGAGAACCUUACUUGAGACAAUGGCCAAAUUGUCUUUUGAUCCCCACACUCAAGAACAAGCUCUGUGCAUUGUGGCUGGGGACUUCAAUUCGGCACCUGGCAGUGGCCUUUACAGAUUCAUUGUCGAAGGGAAGUUUGAUUGUGCAGAUUGCGAAAGACGCGCAGUGUCAGGCCAGAUGGAAGGAAGACCGAGCCAGUGUCCCCCCCAGGGUACUGGGUCGACUGGAGCAGAUGCACCCAGUUGUGUGAAUCGGAGCCUGCUCGGUGCUGCUCAGCCAGUUCUUCGUGGGGGUUCUGGAGCUCCUGUUGACUUUGGCUCAGGAUUCGUGGGGAGCAACGGUGAUUCGGUGGCCAAUGCCGCUGCUUCUGGGAGUGCUGUGGGUGCUGCUGGAGUCUCACUGCUCUCCUCAACAGGGAACAAUAGUGCUGGAUGUAUGAACCUGCCACCACCUCUCCUCCUUCCUGAUGUUCAAAGCCCCAAUGCCAUGUAUCAGGCGUCAAUGAGUCAGGGUGGCCACCCCUGGCUUCAUUUGCCAGAUCAAGCAGCACUUGCAGAUCAAUCUCCACUGGACCCUGAUGUGUUGCAUGACAGAAUCAGGGACACCAAGCACCAGCCACCACUGGGCAUGGAUGGUCGCAAGCCUGUACUGGAAGCAGCUGAGCUGGAUGGCUGCAUUGCUCCUGAUGUGGUGUGUUCUGCUGCAGCUGGUGACAGUGCAAUGAUGGGGCAGAUUGCAGAAGGAGCAGCUGCAGGUUUCGUGCCCAGCGUUGGGCUUGCAAACCUGAAAGACAAUCUAGCUGCUCCUAAUGCUGGAUGUGCGGAAGGGGAGGCACAAUUGGAUUCUGUUGGAGCAUCAGGACACCCAGGCCUUCCCCAACAACACGUGCAAGAUACAUACCAACAACAGUUUUUUCAAGCUGUGCCUUAUAGCAGCCCUGCGACACAUUGCUUUCCUGCUGGUGUUUCUGACCACACAAUGGCUGGCAAUGAGAUGCGGAAGGUUGCUGGUGUGGAGCCACCAUCAGGCCAGUCCUCACAGUGGAAUGCUGGAUCAGAUUGUCAACCAGUUCAUGGUGCUUCUCAACGCCUGGUGACACAGUCGGUGCAAGACACCAGCCUUUCUUAUGAAGCCUGGAGGCACAUACAUGCUGCCGCCCUGAAUGUUCAAGGUGCCAUGAGCGCCUCAUCAAUACCCAGUGAUGGCAUUGAGCCCAAUGCAGCCCCAGUGCAACCCCAGACACCAUCUACUCACCAAUACCUCGCUGCUGGAAACAGAGCUCGAUUGCUUGAGGACACACUGCUGGGGAUGGCACCUGCUCUGUCAGCUCAAGCCACAAGUGCAAAUUCACCUAACCCGAUGUUUGCCGUGCAGAAUGUGGCCCCAAACCCUCAGUGGCAUCGCGGAUUUUGUGAGGACGAUAAAGGUUCCCCAAUGGGCUCCUACGAUCCUCUGCAGCAUGUCCGGGGGUUUGGAAAUGCAGAUGGGUACGUUGGAGAGUAUGCACCAAUGCCAGUUGAGGUUCCUCCACCUCCACCCCCCUCCCCACCUCUGACGCCUCCUCCCCCUUUGCCACCAACACAUGCAACUGAGCUUCCUCAAGACAACCAGACGGCAUUGGAAGCAGAGGGGUGUGUGGCUGUCGUUGGGGCCACUCACUUGGUUGACAAUGGGCAUGGAUCUGAGCAGCAUGGCCUGUCCAGCAACCCAAUGUCGAUUGAUGAUGUGCUGCCAGCCAAAAUGUCUUAUCCCAGUAGCUUGACCCCUUUGGCCAGACUUGAGCAAAGUCUCCAUCCUGCAAAUAGCCAAACCAGCUGUGGGAAUGGUGAUUUGGCUGUCAGAUUGCUCCAACAGGAUCAUCGAUCGAAUGAAAGACGACGCGCACAAGUGCAGAACGUUUUUGUUAGUUCUUCAGAAGAUAGCCAUAAGCCUGGAAAUGUGUCAGCUACAGACAACAGUUCCAAGUCAGCAGAUCCCGAUGUCGCUGCCGCAGCCCACAUCCAGAGUGAGCGUCGCUGGCGGGGCAAGCCUCCGCCCUGGGCUUGGAAACCGCCCGGCUUGGGCUCAGAUAGCUUGAUGCAUGAAAAGGACGAGGAAAAAACUGAUGGAGAAUGUUCAGUGGUUCCCAGCACCACACCUGUGACUAUUGCUCAGAGCGAUCGAUCAGUGGGGCUUGAGCAGAAGACUAAACCAGACUAUUCAUGUUCUGACCUUGAACGGGUCCAAGCAGCUGUGGGCGGUUGCACAACUGAAGUGAAGGAGACCUCCUCAACCCGGGUGCCAGAUGCAUCCAGUCUGGCAAAAGUAACAGCCAGCCUUGCCAAUGUUACUCUACCGGAUGCCUGCAUGGGCAAAGGCGAGGUGCCAGGAGGGCCUUGUCAGCCUAUGCAGUUUUCUGGCAGCCUUGCUGGAGAUUUAGGGGACAGGAGAGGAGUUCAGUUAUGUACCCAAGCUGGAGCAGAGAGUGCGAUGGCAAUAUCUCCAGACAUCUCCAGCAUGCUGAAAUGCAAUCCGAUGAACACACAGCAGACGUUGGGGACAAGCAAGAUGAGGAACUGGUGGGCUCCCACUUACUAUGCAGAUUCUGACGAUCAAAGGUUCGCUGAUAUGCCCCCUAUCAUUUCUCCUGAAGCGCAUGUCUCGGUACCCCCAAACCUGUCAUUUGGCAGGAGCUCAAGGGGUUCAGUACUGCCAGCUGGUUGGAGUGCCCAAGACCUGGAAAUUGCCAUGGGAUGCAGGGCUUCAUCUGGUCAACGGCGAGGCGGCAGGGGUAAGGGUUUUCAAAAAUGGAUUGUUCAGCAUAGCUUCAAGCUUGAGAGUGCUUAUGCUACAGUGUUGGGUGAUGACCCAGAAUUUACGACUUGGCAUGGCAUGACAAAAAGCACUGUGGACUUCAUAUUCUUCACACCUAGUGUUCACAAUGGGUGGGCCCUUCAGCCCUUACGGGUGCUGAUGCCCCCCGGGGACCAGGUGAUAUGGAAGUCCAUGCCAUCAGAAGAAUGGCCAAGCGACCAUCUGCCUCUGUUGUGCGACUUUUGGGUGAGGAAGUUGUCUGGAGUGGGUGGAGCAGCGAGGGACGACACACAACUCAACGUUCCGUCCAUGGAUGGCACCCGUGGUCGACGGGCUAGGGGCAUUAUCGGCAGGGGAGGAAGAAAGGGGCGGAGGGGCCAGAGAAGGGGAUGA